AUGAGUUGCGACAGCGCGGCGGCUGAAGGCCAGAGGCCGGGGGCGGUGCCGCGGCUUCGGCCGGCAGGGCCACGCUCGGUGCCCCGUGUCGCUUCGGCGUUCCGGGGCCUCCCUGCACACGACAGCGGAGGCCCUUCCGCUGGCGGGGCCCGCAGGCGGUGGGGUGGCAAGCAGUCACGCCGCCACGCGCAGGCUGGGCGGAAAACCCGCGACCAGCAGCUGUCGCCUUGGAGCGCGCUCGGGUGGUUCCCACAGCAGCGGAUUGGCUGCGAGCGCCGCCUGCAGCGGAGCCUUCAUGUGGCGAGGGUCGCCGGGCUCGCUAUGUAG